CUGUCAAGUUGUGUCGAAAAAAAAGUGUGCUGCAGAAAACGCUGUCCAGAAUAAGCCGUGUGUGGUUUUCGUCUAAAUAACGGAAACAAUUUCCAUCGAUUUCGGAUUCCUACGGUUUAUCUACAGAUCGUCCAACAAUGUCCACUGUAGCAAGUGCCCUAGCCUUGGCCGGCAACCGGUCGUCCGGAGCGCCCGUCCGCACACAAAAUGUGAUGGCCGCAAGCUCAAUCGCAAACAUAGUGAAAUCCUCACUCGGACCUGUGGGCCUGGACAAGAUGCUGGUGGACGAUAUCGGCGACGUGACGGUGACCAACGAUGGUGCUACCAUUUUGAAGCUGCUGGAGGUGGAACAUCCGGCUGCCAAGGUGCUGUGCGAGCUGGCCCAGCUGCAGGACGAGGAGGUCGGCGAUGGCACCACCUCGGUCGUAAUCAUUGCGGCUGAGCUGCUGAAGAACGCCGACGAGCUGGUGAAACAGAAGAUCCAUCCGACCUCGAUCAUUGCCGGCUACCGUUUGGCGUGUAAGGAGGCGUGCAAAUACAUUUCCGAGCACCUGACCGCCCCGGUGGACGAUCUGGGACGCGAAACACUGAUCAAUGUGGCGAAAACAUCGAUGAGCUCUAAGAUCAUCGGUGCCGAUGCGGACUUUUUCGCCACGAUGGUGGUGGACGCAGCACAGGCAGUGAAAAUCCUCGACCCGAAGGGCAACCCGGCCUACCCGAUUAAGGCAGUGAACGUGCUGAAGGCGCACGGCAAGUCGGCGCGCGAAAGUAUUCUCGUGCAGGGGUACGCCUUGAACUGCACCAUCGCUUCCCAGCAGAUGCCCAAAAAGAUCGUCAAUGCGAAGAUCGCCUGCUUGGACUUUUCCCUGCAGAAGACGAAAAUGAAGAUGGGCGUGCAGGUGCUGAUCACGGACCCGGAGAAGCUGGAGGGCAUUCGCGCUCGCGAGCUGGACAUCACGAAGGAGAAGAUUGAAAAGAUCCUGGCCACUGGCGUUAAUGUGGUGCUGUGCAGCGGAGGUAUUGAUGAUCUCUGCCUGAAGUAUUUCGUCGAGGCCGGCGCUAUGGCCGUGCGACGCGUGAAGAAGGCUGAUCUGAAGCGUAUCGCCAAAGCGACCGGUGCCGCGUACCUCACCUCGCUCACGAACAUGGAGGGUGAGGAAAGCUUCGACGCCAGCUACGUCGGCGAAGCGGCGGAAGUGGUGCAGGAGUUCAUCUGCGACGACGAGCUGAUUCUGAUCCGUGGCCCGAAAGCCCGCACGGCCGCAUCCAUCAUUCUGCGCGGUCCGAACGAUUUCUACUGCGACGAGAUGGAGCGCUCGAUUCACGAUGCACUGUGCGUGGCGAAGCGUGUGCUGGAGGGUAAGAAGGUGGUGGCUGGCGGUGGCUGCGUCGAGGCGGCCCUGUCGAUCUAUCUGGAAAACUUUGCCACCUCGCUGAGCUCCCGCGAACAGCUGGCGAUUGCCGAGUUUGCCAAAUCGCUGCUGGUCAUCCCGAAAACGCUGGCCGUCAAUGCGGCCAAGGAUGCGACGGACCUGGUGGCGAAGCUGCGUGCCUACCACAACUCCAGCCAGACCGUCGUCGACCACGCGCAGCUCAAGUGGUACGGGCUGGAUCUGAUCGAGGGUGUGGUAAAGGACAACAAGAAGGCGGGCGUGCUCGAGCCGGCAAUGUCGAAAAUCAAAUCACUCAAGUUCGCAACGGAGGCAGCGAUCACGAUUCUGCGAAUCGACGACAUGAUCACGCUCAAUCCGGAAGAAAAGGGAGGAAAGAACUACGGCGAUGCAUGUGCGGCCGGUGAGCUGGACGGUUAGGAUGUAUGCAGGAGGGUGAGACAACCGAUCAUCGGCAUAUGAUCCAGUUUUCAACGAUCGAUCAACAUACGUCGCCUUCAGCAGCAGCAUUUUUGCUACACAUACUUUAAGCUUUUAUUCUAACAUCUGAUCAUUUGGCGCCGUGCCGAUUCGUGGCGAGCGGAGCAAUAUUAUUGCACCAUUCGAGUUUGGUUUUGCGUCUGUCUCGCUAACACCUCGAUUCAUUACUAUUCACACCGAUUCACAACACACCGGCAACAGGCAAACUCAUGUUACUCUUACAUACUUUUAAUGAGUUUCACAUGCGUGCAUUUUUCUUUCCUUGUGAAACAGUACCGAAAUAAAACUGUAACUUAAUA